GUCACAUUAUCUAAUAUAUAUUUCAUUCUCGUUUACAAUGCAGGCUAUGCAUAUUCUCCUUAGUCGUGUGGGAGCCAAAGAGGCCGCUGCCGCAGCAGCUAAAUUUCAAGGUGCUACCGAAGGCUACAGUGGCAUCGUACUCCGAACAGUUGAGUUCAAACCCGAGAGCAUAUAUGAGGUCUCAGACGGCACACUCGCAUUUCCGUGGAGAUCAAAGCAAGGGUCAUUAAACGCUUUUGGAACCGUUCAUGGUGGUGCUCUAUCCACUCUAGCGGAUGUUUUUACGAGGAUUCAUCUUAAAGCAGCCGUUCCUCAAUUAAAUGCUGCCACAAUCAGUUUUGAAAUUAGCUUUUUGUCUCCCGUUUUCGAGGAGAAGGAAUGCGUAUGCGUUACGCGCUUAGUUGGUAAACGCGAUAGUACUGUCUUCACGGACUUCUCGCUCGAGGACGGAAAUGGGUCCAUUUAUGCUCGUGGAACUCAUACUCUUUCGUUGUCGUAAUUCAGCCCUUUAUUAUUUAAAGUGUUUCACAAAAAAAUAAAAUGAUUACAUGUUGUUUUUCUUCGGUUGCUUAUCUUUUACCUCCUCCUUACCUUGUUCUGAUGUGCCUAAAUACAAAUCUAUCAUUACAGGAUCUGUCCAAGCUUAUCAAUUUUUGGUGUUUAGCCUUUUAUAAAUGUGUUAACUUGGAAAUAAAAA